CAAAGCGCAGCGGGACAACUACCGAGUUUAAAUCAAUUAAAGCUUACCGUUCAACGAAUUCGAAAAAUCGAAAUAUGUGCUCCGCCUAUUCCAAAAUCACUAAAUGAUCUUAAAAUACCAGACGAGUACAGGAAAACAACAAGUGGUGAGACUUUUUUACAGUAUGAUAGUGUUAAUUAUGACGGUUACCAUGAUAGGUUUUUAAUUUUUACAACUCAAACAAAUUUAAAGUUAAUGCAAAUAUGUGAACAUUGGUUAGCGGAUGGCACUUUUUCAUGUUCACCUCAUAUUUUUCAUCAACUUUACACGAUACACGGAGUUAGUUAUUCAAAUGUCGUACCAACUGCAUAUAUAUUACUACCAAAUAAGAAAGAAGAGACUUAUAAACGUAUGUUCCUUGCAUUAAAAACCUUGAAUCCACAACUCAGUCCAAAAUCUAUUAUGUUCGAUUUCGAAAAAGGUGCAAUGAAUGCUGCAAAAUGUGUAUUUCCUUCAGUCGAUAUAAAGGGCUGUUUUUUUCAUUUAUGUCAAAGUAUUUGGCGACAUAUUCAGUCCAGCGGAUUACAAUCCAAAUAUUCAAACGAUUCCGAUUUUGCUCUUAAUUUGAGAAAACUAGCUGCACUUGCUUAUAUUCCAGAAAAUGAUGUAGUGUCCGCCUUUGAAACUUUAGUCGAAUCUCAAUUUUACCAACAAGAAAUGUUAUCAAAUUUAAUUGAUUAUUUUGAAGAUACAUGGAUCGGUAGACUUAAUCGUAGAACUAGAAGAGCCCCUUUGUUUUCAAUUAAAAUUUGGAAUUGUUAUUCAAUGUUAGACGAUAAUAUUCCACGAACAAACAAUUCGGUCGAAAGUUGGCAUAAUUCUUUUAAUUCUAUGCUAAGUGCGCACCAUCCAUCAAUUUGGACAUUCAUAACUGCAUUAAAAAAAGAAGAAAGUGUAAAUCGUUUUAAAAUUGAACAAUAUACUGCAGUCUUUGAAUCACCAAAGAAAAAAAAAUAUAAAGAUUCCACAAUAAAACUAAAAAAAAUAUGUGAUGACUAUAAAAAUAGAUCAGUGGACGAUUACUUACGUGGUAUAUCACACCAUUUCCAAUACCAACAAAUAUAAAUUAAAUUUAAAUUAUA